GACAACCAAGGGACCCUCAUGGGCAACUGGGUCGAAGAGGAAGCUCUUCGGCGAGACACUGGGUACUCGCGGUACAAGACGUGGACGCCGAAGGAAGGCAUGGGGGUGUCGCAUCCCCGCGUGAUUGCCCACACGGACGCCGUCGACGCCAAGGACUACCGUGCGUCGUCGAAAGCGAGUUCGUUUGCCGAUUUCGCUGUCCCGCCCAACGUCGGACCGCGAGAGCGCCGUCGUCUGGAAGAGCUUCAUGCUCAAGCGAAACUCAUCAAGCAAGCGGCCAAGGACGCGGACCAAGACAACGAUCCGACUGCCCGCGAAAGUACCAACCAGGCUUCGUAUAAGGCGCACGAUCCUGCAUACGUUGCUCAUGGUGUCGUGCGAGUGCUGCCUCGAGGUCGCGGGGGAUUCAAGGAUUUUGAUCCGUCCGUUGUCGGCAAGACGCGCAGGGAAGUGGCGGCAGCGGACGCGGCCAAGCUCCAAGGACACGUCGAAGCGCUGCCCCACCAAGCGACGGUGACUCGAUAUUCCCAUGCGCUGACGUCUGGCUCGGAUUUGACCUUCCCAUCGUCCGCUGCAGCCCCCAGCCGCAACCCAUUUGGCCGGUCCACUGCUUUCACCAACGAUAUCCACGAUGCUAGAGUGGUGCAUGGGGAAGCGAGCGAUCCGGGGGCGGAAGCGUCGCCAGGCAUUGGCAUCAAUCUUCAAGCCCGUGCAGCCGUGCUCAAGUUGAAGCAGUGGCUCCAGGCAUCACCAGCGAAACGGAGCGCUUUGGCUCGGUUGACCGAGUCAAACCGACACGAUCUCAAUUCCAUCACCCCCGCUCAACUUUCACGAGGGCUCCAUGACGUCGGGUUGCCCCUCCUCGAAAAGGACGCGCUUCAGGUCUUUACCUACCUCGACAAGGAACAAGUGGGGCGAAUCACGUGGGUAGCGCUCUUCGACCUCCUCGAUGCGUAGCCAUAACAUAUUCCUGCGUGACUAUUGCAA